CGCGACGCGUUCAGAACCAGAAAACGGAUCGGAGUGUGGAGACGGUGAUCAAAUAAAGCAGUGAAAAAGAAUCUUCUUCGGAGGCCGAAAGACUAGAAGACUCUUCUCGUGGUCAAGGAUGGUCGAACCCUCGAGUGUCGCUGAAGUGCAAGCAUAAACAAACAACAGAACGGAAUAACAGCAAUCGGUGGAGUCAUAUUUUUGUUUUUGUGCCUCUUAGAAACAGUGGAUAUAGGAAGCCUCACUUGCGACAGCUGUGGAGCGAACAAUUCUCCUCUUUUCGCCGCCGCACAUCAACAUCUAUAUGGUUCAUUAAAAGUGUGGCAGAACUUUGGCACUGGCGACAAGUAACGAGCGACGACUACGACGACCUGUGGCAAUGCCCCGGCAAAUUGUGCGGGUAAUUUCCAGCGCGGUUUAAUUCGGUCUAAGUCUGAGCCAAGUGGGCAUGCGCACCGUUGGCCGCUGUCAUUCGAAAGUUGCCUCUGCGUGACACACAUUCGGAGCAUUAGAGUCGGACUCCUCGCUCCGGCAGACAAGUUGGAGCGCAGCCCUGCCGCAUCUGGGAGAUAAAGAUACACAGAGGGGGGACUGGCAGCCAGGGGAUCAUUCCGCUCUGGCCUGGGCCCAAGUCCAAAGUCGGCUCUGUUGCAUUAUUCAUGCUCUUCGGCGGCCAGCACAGCGACGUCGACCACAUCCACGUCCACAUCCCCAUCCACGUCCACGCAACGGGAACGGCAUCCACGAGCGAAGAUGACGCUGCGCUUAGUCAGCGUAUUAUCGGCGGCAUUACUUCUCCUUUGGCCCGCACAGCUGGAUGCAUUUAUCACACCGAAUACAGGCUGUCACCACAAUGGCACGUGGUUCGCGGACAAAUCGGUGGUGCCGAGCAUGGAGAAGUGCCUGAAUUGCCAGUGUAAUCGGAAGACGCUGGUGUGUCGGCUGAAGGUCUGUCCCGAAAUGCCCAUGCCGCCGCCCCGAGGUUGUGUGGUGGUCCAGAAGAAGAGCUCCUGCUGCCCCUAUCUUUCCUGCGCCAGAUUGGAUGCGUUCUACAAGAUACCCACCAAGCGACGCAUCAUCGCGUACCUGGAUCACUAUGAGAGGGAGUCGAUCGAUCGGGUGGUCAACGACAACAUGCUCCAAAGACGAUCGGAUGAUUCCGACACGGAUCUAUUCGUUUGUGUGAAAAAUGGAACUGUCUACAAGUCGGGCUCUGCCAUGUCGUCUUCGAACUUGUGCAGCUACUGCUAUUGCAUAGGUGGCACCGAGAAGUGUGUGAAGCCGAAGUGCAUGCUUCCCGUGGACGGCUGCAAGCCCAUAUUCGUGGACUCCACUUGCUGUCCCGUGCGAUACGACUGCAGUAGCAAGACCUCGGGAAAGUCCUCGCAGGAGGUGCGCUACAGGAAGACCUCGAACAAGCACUUCCAGCGCAUGUCGCAGCGCCUUCAGCGCAACCGAGGGUGCACUGUGGGCGCCCAGUUCUACGCGGAGGGUCAGAAGAUGCGCUCGGACGCGGACAAGCCCUGCGACAUUUGCUUCUGCAUCCGGGGAACAAGGCGAUGUGCCCCCAAGAAGUGCUCCCCGGCGCUAAAGAAUUGUAUUCCGGUGGUGCCGAAGGGUCAGUGCUGUCCAUCGAGCUACGACUGCGGCAGCCAGCGGGACUACCGCAGGUCGCACAACUCCAGGCAGUUCAAUCUGUACAAUAUGCUCUUUGGCAAGGAGGAACCCGAGGCACAGAACACAGCCCUGAUGCCCCAGAACUCUAUGGCUGAGAGAUAUCCACACGAUCGUCAUCCCACGAGGGCUGCUGCGGGGAGUCCCCUGGAGGCCAGCAGUGAGAAGAGCAUUAUGGAUACACUUCGCGAAGGUCUCGAGUUUAUAGAUGGCAAUAACAACAAAAUGCUGGCCAACAAUUUGGACCUUGUGGGUAUCGGAACCACCCAGGCACCUCCUUCGAUGAGAACAGAGUCCAGUGAGGAGGUGAGCAGCACUACGGCCCUGAGUUUUCUGGAUCUGCUCUUGGGUCCCAGUACGGAAACCACGGGGCACGAAAAAAUUAGGCAGCCCGAAUCAACUACAGUUAAGAACACGCUCUCCUGGAUGGAUAUCCUGCUGGGACCAGAUGAGGAGGACCUGAGCCCCAAAACUGAAGCGUAUUCGGAGACUAGUACCACCCUGAAUCAAGCCGCAGAGUUCAGACCUUCAGCAAGUGGCAUAAAACGGAUUGCAGAGGACUUCGAUGAGCAGUUAGACAGUGGAGAAAUGGCGGCAGGUGAAUUGCCAGCGGAGGCCCAGCAAAUCGGUCUGGCGAAUGCCGGAAUCUGGCCAGCACCAGACACGGAGGUUAUGCCGCCUCCAAAGGAGGAACCAAGUCUGUUUAAUGCCUUGAUGGAUGGCCUGUCUGGUAUACUCGAAGAACCCCUCAAUCAGACCUCUACGAGUACAACCACAACCACUGAGAGACCAACCACGCACGCUCCACCAAUGUUUAGACCCUUGCCCAGUGGCAAGCCCCUGCACACCCGAAUCAACUCGAAGCUGGCCAAUCUCACGGUGACACCGCCCAUGUUGGUGGUGACCAGCAAGUAUGGUCAGCCGGUGACCAUCAGAACGACAGAUAAGAGGGUCAACGGGUCAGCCACGACCCCCACCAUAGUCAAAGCCACAGAAAAACCAAGUACCACCACAACCCAGCGAACAAAACUAGACACUACCAUCAAAUCCACUGCGAAGUCAAGCACUACGGUCAAACCCAAGCCGAAGACUACCAGAAGAACAACGAUCACACCCAAACCAACAACGCUAAAACCCUCUACUUCGAAAACUUCAACAACAAAGUCCACCACUCCAAAACCCACAACUCCAAGACCCAGCACUCCGAAACCCACCACUCAACGGCCCACCACUACGUCACCACCUUCUUCAAAACCCAAAACCACUACUACCACCACAACAACAACCACUGAGCGAACCACUCUGAAACCGAAAUUUAGGCCAAAGCCCAAACCUUUUCUAGCAAGCACCCCGAAUCCACUGGAGAUCAAAACUAACCCGAGUAUUUUGGAAGCCGAACCACUGGACACGAAUGGUGAACCCACACUGCCACCCAGUCUUCCGAACUUGAAAAUAAUACCUUUCCUUCCAACCGACGCCGUGGACACGGUGCCCAAGGAGAAGUAUCCGCCCAGCUUCUAUCAGCAGAAGGUGGCAUCCGAUAAAAUGGAUGUGGUGGGGUACGACACCAUUGAGGACUCGGUGGCUCUGUUUUCCCAGUCCCAGCCCGAUCAGGCAGCCUACAAGUACAAGUUCAAUGUGGAGGUUCCAGCGGUGGAGUCCGCUCCAGAGCCUGUGGUUCAUGUUGGUGGGAAAUACGAGGGCAGUGCGGCUUACGUUAACUUCGACUUCGAUCGUCCGGUGGUGCCGCCCCCUCACAAUGGAUUCUCUCCACCCACCGAAACGGAGGGAGGAUUCAUGCCCAAGGAACCACUGGUCAUCGAUGGGGAGGUUCUCCAGGAGCAUGUCACCGCGAGCGGAAUCAAUGGGCCAGCUGACAGCUUCCAUGUCACGCAGCACAUUAUCGAUAUCACAACCGCGGGGGCACAGGCAAAUGACUCCGCUCCGAUAGAAAUCACCACACCCGAUCCUUUCAAGGAUGUCAUACACACGGAACCGCCGCCCAAUCUCGAUGAAUUAAUCGUUGACAAGGCGAACAAGAAGCCGCUUGAAGAGCAUAUCGAGACCGUCACUUACAGUGUCAGCAAUUCAACAGCCUCCUCCACAUCCUCAUCCACAGCCACACCGACGACGACAACCAAACCAACAACGGAAAAGGAAACCCCCCUGAUAGAUAAGUAUGAAAUCAAUAAAUUAGAUAAGCUUUUGGAUGAGCUGCUUGGUAUGGAGUUGUCCAAACAAGAGGUAGUGAGCAGCACAGUGCCAGCAUUCAAGCAGCUGCCAACGGAAAAACCCGCAGCAACAGCAGCAACACCGGCAGCAGCAACAAGCACACCAGCAACAACAGCCACAGGUCGGCCAACAGCGACAACACGUGCUCCGGCCAAAAAGGGAAUUGGCAAAACGAAAAACAAACAGUCCAACGGCAAUAGACGCAAAGUGCAGAAUGCCACGCGACGCCAAAGCACAGCAGCAACCACUAGAGCCCCACCAGCACCAUCAUCGGCAUCAUCUGCGCCAACAACCACGGGACAGCCCACAACAACGAAGAGCACUCUGCAUCCAUUUUUAAACUCCCCGUUCGACAAAUUACCCUUCAUGGAUACCAGCUAUGAGGUAAGACCGCACCGAUUGCAACCGCAGCAGCAGGCGUUGCAGGCACCGCAGCAACAGCAGCAACAUGAGCAGCCGCCGCAGCAAUUCCACCAUUACCAACAUGCAACACGACCGCCGACAACCGUUCCACCGGCUACAUCCCCGGAGGAUGUCCUUCAGGACUCUGGUUCAGGCAUGGUUUCGGGAGAGGGGAACGGAGGAGGAGGAGGACUUCCGGGUGGCGAUGAUCCCCUCGGUCAGCUGAAACUGGCGGGCUGCAACAUUUACGGACGCAUGUACCGAGUGGGUCGGAUUAUCGUGGAGUUAUCCAGCCAGUGCCUGGAAUGCAAAUGCACCGAGGUGGGCGUCAAGUGCGGCCCAUUAGACUGUUAAUUUAGGCAUCCCCCAAGAUCGUAAUCCCCCGGAGUGUAAAGAGGUUAAGUGUCAGAUCGUAGCAAUAGAUGGUAGCUCGUAUGCUAAUCCCUAGCUGUAACUAACUAAGGGGUAGUCUAGGCCUAAGUUGUAUUAUAAAAAAUUACACUAAUCUCUUUGAGAACAAAGAAUAAGGCAUACCUAUCUUUAGCAAGGCAUUUAUAACAUCCUUAAAUUAAGAGUAUAUUAAGAAGACAAAUAAAUUAAAUACCUAU